CGACCACGCCAUGCCUCACGCCACCGAGACCGACCUCUCAGCCACCUUUGACGACUUUGUGCGCGACACCAUCGCCCAACUCGACGUCGAGCUCCGCCAACUCAGCCUCGCCAUCCACGCCGAUCCUGAACUCGCAUGGGUCGAGCACCACGCGCACGACCUCUUGACGUCGUACAUGGAGGGCCAACCCGGCUUCGUCGUCGAGCGCCAAGCGUACGGCCUUGCGACGGCGUGGUCGGCCAGCUUCACCUCGUCCGCCUCGGCAAAGUCCGACAAGGUCCCCGUCGUCGGCUUCAACAGCGAGAUGGACGCGCUCAAGGGCCUCGGGCACGCGUGCGGCCACAACCUCAUCGCCAUCGCCGGCUGCGCGAGCGCCAUCGCGACUGCCCGCGCCCUCGAGCACUUUGAGCUCCCCGGCCGCGUCGUCCUUCUCGGUACGCCGGCGGAAGAGGCCGGCGGCGGCAAGGUCGUCAUGCUCGAGCGCGGCGCGUACGCCGGCUUCGACGCGUGCCUCAUGGUGCACCCGGGCAUGGGCAGCGCAGGCCAGCACGGCGCGGGCGUCAUGACGUCGUUGACGAGGGUCAACUGUGUCGCGACGUUCACGGGCGCGCCUGCGCACGCCGGUGCGGCUCCGGAAAAGGGCAUCAACGCGCUCGACGCGGCCGUCAGCGCCUACUCGGCCAUCAACUCGCUGCGGCAGCAGCUCCCGAGCGACGUGCGCGUUCACGGCAUCAUCACUGGCGGCGAGGACAUGUCGGUCAACGUCAUUCCGGCUCGUGCCGUCCUGCGCUACGGCAUGCGCGCCCCGUCGGCCAAGGCCCUCGCCGCCGUCAUCCCGCGCGUGCUCAACUGCUUCGCCGCCGGCGCCCUCUCGGCAGGGUGCACCCACACGGUCGACGGCCAGUACGCCUACCUCGACCUGCGCCCGUCGUCGUCGCUCUCGCGCCUCUUCAAGUCGGCCGCCUCGCGCUGCCUCGACCGGCCCGACGUCGACGGCGGCGAGUCGUACCAGAUCACGGACGACUUUGCACUCGGCGGCAGCACCGACUUUGGCAACGUGACGUACGCGUGCCCGGCCCUGCACCCCAUGUUCCUCCUGCCUGGCGUUCCUGCCGACGAGCACCCUCACUCGAACACGUACGCCGACGCCGCCGCCCUCCCUUCUUCCCACGACGCGGCCCUGCGCGUCUCGACCGCCAUCGCGCUCACCGCCCUCGAGGUCCUGCGCUCGUCCGACGUGCGCGAAGAGAUGCGGCGCGAGUGGCUGAAGGACAUGGCGGCGAUCGGGGCCGAGGACGCGAUGCGGGUCAUCGACGAGGUGCUUCCGAGGUCGGGCGACGAGUCGGCAGGAGGAGACUGUGGGUGCUCGCACGACGGAAAGUAGAGCCUAUCAGUCACUUGCAGUGUACAUAUUCUUUGGCGAUGCUCUC